AUGGGGUACGACGCGCCCAGAUUGCCAAGCGCUAGGGCGAUCCGUGGCGGUGACACGGCGCAUGAUGUGCGUCUACACCGUGGGCUACGGGGACGGCUCUCGAUGGUGGGAGACUUCAUCAAGGAGAUGAUGACCUUCGCGGGCGCGGCGUCCAGGUUCCGCACCUAUCGAUCGGUUGUGGAGAUGACAACAAGGGCCUGUUCGGCGCCGGGCGCCGGGAUCCUGGCCUCGGCCAUGACCAAAUAUCGUGCCGAGCCAGCGAUUGCUGCUCUCGGCUACAACACGACGAGCUUCUACUACUGUCUCCUUGACUUCUUGUCAAGCCCUGCCUCCUACUCCUCCACCCUCACCUUCGGUGUCGGCGCCGUGGAGACCUCCCCGCCAGCGUCCUUCACCCCCACGGUAUGGAACCCAAACAUGGGCACAUUCUACUACGUGCGGCUUAUCGGUGUCAGCGUGGGUGGCAUGCGCGUGUUGGGUGUGACUGAGUGUGACCUACAGCUAGACCCAUACACGUGUCGCAGUGGCAUUAUCCUGGACUCGGCACCACCGCGAUACACGGCUUGCCCUCCCAGGUGUACAUCGCAAAUCCAUGACGCCUUCCGCACCGCGGCAGCCGAUCUCGGCCAGGUCUCCAUCGGCGGCCCCUCCGGCUUCUUCGAUACAUGCUACAUCAUGGGCAGAGGGAGCGUGAUGGUGGCGCCGCAAGCCCACGCGUGGCUCUACGCUGUGCCUCACUUGGUCCAUAGUUAG